UGCUCUUAUUUCUCCCUCUUUCCCCUCUUCUUUCUUUCCUUCUUUUCCUCUCUCUCAGUCUCUCACUCUCUCCUCUCUCCUCAAUGGCAAAACCAGAUCAAACCACUACUUUCUUCUCUCUCUACACCAUUUUUAUUACCUUCACUAACCUCCAUUGUUUCUCAUCAAUGGCGUCUUCUCCUUGCUCUUCCACCUCCUCUUCCUUUGACGAAUUUGACGACGAUUCUAUUCUCCUAAUUCGAAGAUGGCGAUCCCCAGAAACAAAGUAUAUUCUAUUAUUUCCUUUUAAUUGUGCACUUUGGAUUAAUCGAUUUUGAUUUUUCGUGUUUUCCCCUAAUUUUAUUGGUGUUAUAUGUUUUGAUUCUAUCAAUUGAGAUCUAGGGUUUCUGGGUUUCUAAUAAGAUGGGUGAUAGAUCUAGGUUAGUUGGGUGGUUUAAGGUGUUUGGGUUUGGAUUAGGUGGGUUUAGGUGAUAAUUUUGGUUAGUUGGGUGGGUUCGGGUUAGUGUGGGUUAAGGUGGUCGGUUGGGUGUGUGGGUUUGGAUUAGGGACUUAGGGUGGGUCAAGGUGGCCGGUCUGCUGUGUGGGUUCAGUUUGAGGUGGGUUAAGGUUGUGUGUUUUGGUUAAGGUGAUGGAUCUGGUGGGUUUAGGUGGUUCAUGUGGUAGGUUUAGGUGGUGCAUGUGGUGGUUAAGGCGGGUUAGUUGGUUAGGCGUGGUGGUUGUGGGGGCUGUUAUGUGAAUCAAAAAUUCAAAGUCUCCAUUCCUUGCCUUGUUCUGCCUCGACCUUGAAUAUCUAAAUCGUGAGGUAUUGUCACACUGUCCUUGAAAAGGGUUCAGAAGCUGAGUUUUUUUGAAGAGUUGGGUCCUAAAGCAAUGUUUGCUUCUGGUGAUACAAGAAUCAGGCCGUCAAAACCCCAAGGCGGCUUCCGCGGUGGUCCGUGAUGGUGAGCACUACGAAGACAUGUUGGCUAAUUUACAAAACAUGAAGAUACCCUUCAGUGGUGAAGAAUGCUUCGGACAAUACGUGGAUUUACACGAGUGCCACAACAGAAUGAAGCUAAGGUUGGGAAGGCACUUGCUGAAGCAAUUCAAGUUGGGCUUGUCAAAAGGGAGGAUCUUUUCAUAACCACUAAGCUGUGGAGCUCUGACCAUGGACAUGUACAUGAAGCGUGCAAAGACAGUUUGAAGCAACUUCGACUUGAUUAUAUGGAUCUGUACCUAGUUCACUUACCUGUAGCCAUAAAGCGUACUGAAGAUCAUGUAGGAAUAAUGCAAAAAUUUGUUUAACUAAGAUAUGAGGCUGCUUCUGUGCUGGUGUUCCGCUUCUGUGCUGGCGUGCUGCUUCUUAUAUGCGCUGCUGCUGCUAUUCUGCACUUCUGCUACUGUGUAGUUGCAUAUUUUUUUUUACCUUGUAUUUUAUUUUAAUUUUUUAGACAAAAAUCGUAAUAUUAUAGCAUUUUUUGUAUGAAAAUAUGUAACUUUAUAAAUAUGUAAGUGUUUAUUUAUCAAUUUAAGUGAAAAAAUGCAAAAAAAAAAAAAA